UUUUUCAUUUCAAUUUAGUCAGUCGACGAGUACAGCUCUUGGAGACAGCUUCUAUAUUUGGAUAUCUACUGGAGUUUGGAAAACGUGGAAAAUGGAACAGAAUACACCGAUUUCGAAGGAAGAAGGGGAUGAGGAUACGAGGGUGCCUGCAGCAUCCGAUGAAAAUAACGAAAAUCAAGAACGUGAUGUUAUCGGAUCCGCUGCAAAGCCAAUAGAGAAUGACAAGGCGGAAAUAUUUGCUUCACAAGAAGCCGAAAUCGGAGCUAAUGCUAAGCCGGAAAACUGUGUUUCUUCUACUGGUAGCGAGCUUCCGAAAGCCGAAGAAAACGAAAAUGGUGAGGCCCCUAAAGAAGAGAAGAUGGACGAAGGUGCUAUAUCGGAAAACUUGAUUUCUUCUACUGAUUCUGAAGGAACCGGAAAUGAGGAGCAGCCAGAGCUCCCACAGCCUAGUGGCACAGGCUCCAAUAUAGAGCCCCGUCCGAUUCGCAUUGGAAAUCAUUUCCCCCCUUCGCAGGAAGAAUUGGAAGUCAUAGCUCGGGUGUUUAAAGAGAUGCACGAGAAGAAAGCGAUUGUUAAGGUUAAGCGUUUGGAGCAUUAACACACCACUAACAUUUUCCGUUAAACUCGGAUAUACACUUUACAAGACGAUAGCGAUUGCCACUGUACUAUUUUGCCGACGGAAGCAGUUUUUAGCCUUCACAAAUUCUGCACACACCCAUGUUAGCAAUUAUCAAAAUUUGCAUGAAAGCAUAAAACUGACUUCAGUCGGCCUCAACAUAUACAUAUGUACAUUAUAUAUUGAUACGAAUGCAAUAAAAUUGUCAUAACAAGCAA